AUGCGCCUCCGUCGGGGCAUGGUCCGCGAGUCGUGUGACUUUUGUCACCGCCGCAAAAUCAAAUGCGAUCGCCUGUCGCGCAACGACACGGGCCACACAGCCUGUUCGCAGUGCUCGCUGCGCGGUGUGCCGUGCCGCAUGGACGACGCGGACGACAUUCGGCUGCACGGGCGUUGGCGGCAGACCCAGAGCCAGACCCAGACCCCGUCGUCCCCCGCGGCCCUCUCCACGCCGACGACGUCGUCCGAACAGCGGCAGACCCCAACAACCUCCGUUCGACGCACAUUGCGGCAGAAUGGUGGCGUACCAAGCCACCAAUCACCGUCAGCCAGCCGUCUGGGCACAAGCAUCGCCACGGCGGGCGCCAGCCCUGUGUCGGUGGCAUCCAUGGCGUCGGUGGACGAGGCGUCAAACAGUUUGUCGUCGUCUUUCAGCCGUCCUCCACAGCAUAUAGCUCCGUCAAUGUCCACGUCGUCGAUGGCCACGUCGUCACUGGCCACGCCGGCGUCCAUGAAUUUAGAGGUCGGUGACCAGGGUAAUGCAGUUCAUAGUCUCCUAGCCCCGUCCCAGUCGUCCCAGACCAAGCCUCUUUCGCAGCCUCAACUACAUCCCCAGUCCAGCCUGUCGUACAACGUAACUUCGUCCGCCGGCACCAUCAACACGUUCCACUCCAUCGCCUCCAUCAACACGCCACCUUCGUCGUCCGUGGCCGAGGACCUCAUGUUCUUGGACGACCCGUUCCACCUGAACGCCGACAGCAUUUUCUUCCUGGACCAGAUCUUUACAGGCUAUCCGGACGGCCCGGCAUACGGGCCGCUGCCAACGUGGCCCAGCAGCACCGGCAACACAAUGUCGUCUUCGGACUUUCAGCCCCUGGUGCUCAACCAGGUGCACCCAGCGCAGGUACAGGCGUUGCCCACGGUCGCGGAUGCAAGCCUGCCGGUGCACUCCUAUACGAUGCAAGCCACGCAGCAGCCAUCACAGCAGCCAUCACAGCAGCCAUCACAGCAGCCAUCACAGCAGCCAUCACAGGAACCAUCACAGGAACCAUCACAGGCACCAUCGCAGCCGCCUCCACAGGAGCAUGGAGGGCCAGCGUUGGCGGACGGCCUCAACGACGGCGGCUACGAUCCUCCGCCCUGGACGCGCUGCGGCCUGGACGAGGCCACGUUCCUCCAGGCCCUGCGCGCCUACUUUGCCUACGCGACGCUCUACCUGCCCAUUUUGCUGGAGGACGCCUUUUGGCAGGACUACCAGGCGGGGCGCUGCAGCCUCAGCAUCAUUUAUGCGGUGGCCUGCCGCGGUCUGCCGUUCACAGCGCCGCCGCUGUCGGCCACGCGCGACGACCGCCGCCGCAUCUGGCGCCAGCAGCAGCACGUGGCCGAGCAGUUCCGCGAGGCCUUUUUUGUGGCGCAGCUCAGUGCCAACCGCAACGGCGGCCGUGUGCGGCUCGACGACCUGGAGGCGCUGGCUCUGAUGGUGUUUUUCAAGUACAACGGGGACGAAGGGGGAGGAGGAGGUGGUGGUGGUGGUGGUGAAGGAGGAAGUGGAGGAGGAGGAGGAGGAGAAAACAACGAAGCGACACUCUCGCAGCUGCACGCGCACCUGGCCGGACUGUACCUGACACGCGACUCGCUCGUGCUGAUGACAAUGCAGUCGGGCAUCGACGUGCCCGACGUGGGCAGCCGGCCUCUGUCGACGGCAUCGACAUCGACAGUCCCAUCCACAUCGUCCGACCCGACGGCGCCCGCAGCGCGUCUGCACGACCGCCGCACCAUCUUGUACUGGCAUGUCUACGGCCUGGACAGCUUCGACUGCCUCGACAAGAAGACGCUGAGCCGCAUUCCCGACGGCAACCACCACCUGCUGCUGCCCACAGCGACGUCGACGUCCACAUCAACAUCAACAUCAUCAUCAACAGUGACAUCUGCCCCCAACCGACUGCCCGCCCUCCCCCGCCACCACGAAGAGGCCCGCGGCUACCUCGACGCCGUGCUCGACCUCGCCGUCCUUGCCCGCAAGGCGCUCGUGUCCCUCAGCAACGCCACCGCCCGCCGCAGCGGCGUCCGCGCCGACCAGCUCGAGUCCGUCUACGCCCUCCUCGAGCAGUGGCAGCGCACGACCUGCCCGGCGCACUUGCGGCGCCAGCGGGACGCAGACGGCCGCCUCAGCCUGGCGGCGGGCGUCAACACAAGCAGCGCCAGCAGCACAACCAACACAAACAGUGGCGACGGCGGCCAGGUCCAGCUGCACCGCGCCGUCGUCUGGAUCCUGGAGAUCAACUGCUACCUGCAGAUUGCCGACUGCGUGGACCAGUACGGCAUCCUGGCAUCGGCCACCACCAGCCUCGACGACGAAGUCGCGCGGCUCCGCGUCGAGGCCGAGACGCUGCGGCAGGUGCGGGAUGCCGUCCAGAUCGCCCGCGCCAUCCUCGCGUACGACGCCUCGCCGCGCCGCGGCACCACCUUCUCGCUGCCCGACCUGGGCACGUCCAUUGUGCGCGACUGCUGCGUCGGCGUGGCCCGGUGGGCGUGCUUCCGCGGGCAGCAAAAGGGAGAAGUGGGUGGUAUCACCACGACUACCGCCACCAGCAGCGACAAAACAAAACGCACACGCCACACCAUGGCCACCUACCUCGAGGCGGCGACCGUCCUGCGAAACGCAGCAGCCACGGCCGUCUCGCACGCCGACACCCAGCCCGCAAUUGACCGGCUGGACAAGGAGAUUGCCAGUCUGGUGGCUGCUAUGGACGACGUUGCAGGAAAGUGA